UUAAAAAGCAGCUAAACUCUAAGCGAGAUUGUCAAAACACAAGUACAUUUUCAAGGAGAGUGAUAGAAAGAGCGAGAUGGAGGAAAUGAAGGAGAUUCAACACAAGUUAUUGAGAGUGAAUGGGAUAAACAUGCACAUAGCUGAAAUGGGCCAAGGCCCAAUAGUUCUAUUCCUUCACGGCUUCCCGGAACUAUGGUACUCGUGGCGCUACCAAAUGCCGUUCAUGGCGGGCCAUGGCUACCGGGCGGUAGCCCCGGACCUACGCGGGUUCGGAGACACCACCGGAGCACUCAAUGAUGACUUCACCAAGUUCACCACUCUCCAUGUUGUUGGUGACAUUGUGGAACUUCUUAAUAUCCUUUCCCCUGACCAAGAGAAAGUGUUUGUAGUGGGCCAUGAUUGGGGAGCUAUGAUUGCUUGGGCUUUGUGUUUGUAUAGGCCCGAUAAGGUCAAGGCCCUUGUUAACAUGAGUGUUCCUUUCACUCCACGAAACCCAAUUGUUAGGCCCAUUGCUCGUCUACGUGCUACUUAUGGAGAUGAGUACUAUAUUAUCAGAUUCCAGGAACCUGGAGAAAUAGAAGAAGAAUUUGCUCAAAUAGGGACCAAGACAGUUUUGGAGAAGCUAUUGACUAAUCGAAACCCUGAACCACUGAAGUUGCCUAAAGGAAAGCCAUUUGAUAAAAGUCCAGUCAAAUUACCCCCUUGGCUGACUGAAAAAGAAGUUGAUUACUAUGCUACCAAAUAUGAGCAGACUGGCUUCACUGGUGGAUUGAAUUAUUACAGAGCUCUUGAUCUAAACUGGGAACUGACAGCACCAUGGACUGGGGCUAAAAUAAAAGUACCAGUGAAGUUCAUAGUAGGAGAUUUGGACAUAACUUACAAUGCAGCAGGAGUCGAGGAUUAUAUACACAAGGGUGGAUUAAAGAAAGAUGUACCCUUGCUAGAAGAUGUGGUUAUCUUGAAAGGGGUGGCUCAUUUUCUUCAACAAGAAAAGCCUGAUGAAGUUAACAAACACAUCCAUGCCUUCUUACAGGGAUUUUCUUCCUCUGAUUAAAGGUUCUGCACUUUAAAAUUUCUUUGGAGCUCCACAAGAAGUUAGAUCAACCAGAAAAUGGAGUUGCACAAGCAUCAUUUCCAUACGCUAAAAUAAUUCUUAUACCUAUUUCAUCCAUUUCCAAAUAUCUGUAAACCUUAAAAAAAUUGGUUUCCAUUCAGAAGUUCUUUUCUUUUCAGCCAGGAAUUGAAGGGUAGGAAUAGAAAGAAACAUUAUAGAUAUUACUUUGAGUGAUAUGUGAUAUUAACACCAAGGCAAAGACACUAAACUUGAGACUGAGAGAAGAGAGAUAAUGAGAAAGCUAUAUUGUUGAUUAAGACUGCUAUAAUCAGGUCCUCUUAUACAACUAGCAGCUGAGUACUAAUAAACCUUAAUCAAAAUGAACU